CACAAUCAAAGUUGGUGUACCGGUUGUAGCGGGACACGUCAAUUCUUUCCUUCCGGUGGUGCUCAAUACAACGAACGGUGGUUUUUGGAGUUGGCGCGAAUCGAAAUACGGACAGAUGGCCGAAGUUGCCGUCCCUCAAUGAUGGCGAACGCGUUCGCCAGUUGAAGGUGCUGCCAUCAUUGAUGUCGACGACUAUCAACCAUGUGUGUACACUAUAUAAAAUGAGAUCAAGCGUUCGAGAUCAGAACUUAAAAACAUCGAUGACUAGAACAAUGAGGAACGCAUGUAAAUAUGUAUCUAUGAAAGAAAUCCGAUAAAAAUUAUAAUUCGGAAUUAUCGAGACCGAAGGAUUUAGAAGAGACUGCUGAUAAUGACGGUGGAAAGAGACCAUCCGCGGAUAAUUCGUGUUUCGGAGACUCGAAGCUAACGUCAAAGCCGGAGUCGGAUGAACUGGACAGUUCGUCAAAGCCUCCCUCGCUACAGAAUGAAUAUUCCGAUGACAUCACGGAGAUUCACUAUAACACGAAGACAAUCACGCUUACGUGAUAAUCGAGCAACAGACGAUUUCAGUGAAAGGAAGAGUGACUUGGACUUCGAUAAAUCGACUGUUGAAAUAAGUCGAUUGUUCCUUCUUCAGGAGACAAUGUGGAUGUUUUUAUUUCUAUGGUUGACCACGUGCUCUCUGUCACGUGGUCAAGUGAUCAAUAGAGCACCACAUUUUGUUCAAGGAGGAGACAUGGCCAGAUUAGCCGUUUCCGAAGGUACACCUUCAGGUGCACCAGUCUAUACUCUCCAAGGGGAGGAUCCGGAAGGUUCUAGAUUACAUUAUUCUAUAAGUGGAGAGUAUUUCACCGUUAACAGAGAAACCGGCGUUGUCGUUCUUCGAAAAACGCUUGACAGAGAAACGCAAGACUUGAUCGAAGUAAUCAUCAGUAUAACGGACGAAGGUAUCGCUGGUUCGGAGCCAAAUACCGUAUCCCUUCGUCGAGAAAUAGCAGUCCUAGAUGAAAACGAUAAUCCACCAAUGUAUUAUGGUCGACCUUAUGCAGCGAGGGUGCCUGAAAGCGCACACGUUGGAGGUCUGUUGCUUCCUACAGGAACAAUCACGAUAACUGAUGAGGAUGGUGGUGUCAACGCUGAUGUUCACGUUGAAUGCAUCCCAGCAUCGCGAGACGACGAUGUUUGCAAUACCUUCGAUGUCUCGACCGAAAAGUUAGCAGAAGGAAAAUACGACGUGCAAAUAACCUUGGCGAAACCUUUAGACUAUGAAAAGAGAAAUUCUUAUUUAAUUAAUCUUUUGGCGGUUGACAGUCCGAGUGACCCAUCGAAAAGACUACAAGCUAGAGCUACCGUCGCAGUCGACGUUCUCGAUGUUCAAGAUCAACCUCCGGUUUUUUUGAAUGCACCAUAUAGUGCAGCUCUACCAGAGAAUACAGUAGGUAAUCACACUGUAUUAACGAUCAGAGCACGAGACGGUGACACGGGUGAAUCGAGGCCGUUGCUCCUGACUUUGGAGGACGAAGAUUCGGGUCACUUUGGUCUCGAAGUCGUACGAGAUGGUGACGUCACUUUAGGGAAACUCGUGACAACGAAUGUAUCUCUUGAUCGAGAGGAUCCUAGGAUCCUACAAAACGGAGGAAUUUACACAUUUCAUGUCAAGGCUACUGAAUUGAUCAAUAAUGAGAUACCAGCAGAUUCUGCCACGUCAAUAGUAACCAUUGUCGUUACUGAUGUCGAUGAUCUUGCGCCAGUUUUUAACGAGAAUCAUUUUAGUCUGAAGAUUUCGGAGGAUAUUGGAAGGGAUACUCCUUUACCUGGUUUGAAUAUGAUUGUUAGCGACGGUGAUGUCGGUGAUAAUGCUAAAUAUUUUUUGGCUUUACGAGACGUACCAGAGUACCUUGGAAUUAGUAAAGCUUUUACCGUUAGUCCUGAGGAAGCACAAGGUAGAGUACCUGUCGUUGUCAAAGCUAAAGACGUUAGUGUGCUCGAUUAUGAUGUUGAUGAUAAGUAUAAAAGAGAACUGGAAUUUGAAGUCGUUGCUAUAGUCGCAAGCGAAGUGGUUGCAACAUCUAGAGUGCAUAUUCAAUUACUGGAUGCUAACGAUCACAGUCCAGAAUUUUUACAAUCUGUUUAUAAAUUGACCGUUCCUGAAGAUGCCGAACCAGGGACUCGUUUUGGAGAUAUCUUUGCUAGAGAUUACGAUAGCGGUUCGUUCGGCGAAUUAACUUACACGCUGCGUGGUUUUGGUGCUGAUAAAUUUUCAACCGAUCCCGAGAAAGGUGGUAUUUCAGUUGCGAAAAAAUUGGAUUAUGAGAUGCAAAAAUCUUAUUCGUUGACUAUGGAGUCAAAAGAUGGCGGUGGCAGAGUUUCCGCUGUUAAUAUUCUCAUCGAGCUGGAAGAUGUUAACGACAAUAAACCGAUCUUCGAACAGGCUGAAUAUUCUAGAACGGUACGUGAAGGUGCUACUAGUUUCGAUCCACAAAUGUUCAUCAGAGCAACAGAUAUUGACGGACCCAUGCAAGGAAAUGGAAAAAUAACUUACAUGAUCCAUCAGCAUAAUAGUAUGAUGGAAGAUAUUUUCAUGGUGAAUCCAGAUAGUGGUGAAGUGACAAUGUCAAGACCUGUGAAAUCUGGGGAUACGGAAAGAGGAAUUUAUGAAUUGAUCAUUCGUGCCACAGAUGGUGGAACACCACCACUCUAUUCUGAGGCAAAACUUUAUGUUCGAGUUGGUGUGCCCGGAAAUCAAAAGCCCAUAUUUCGUGGGAACUACAAAUCUAAUCUACCUGGACCCAGUAGUUAUAGAGCGAGAUUAUUAGAGAACGCUUCACCGGGUACAGAAGUUAUUAGAGUAGUAGCUAAUGAUCCGGAUGGCCGGGAUAAUUUAUUGCAAUAUCAUAUUGCAUCAGGAGCCAAAGAUAAUUUCGUUAUCGAUUCUAGUUCAGGUAUUAUCACGGUUUCUCCAGAUGCUCGUUUAGACUUGGAGACUGGAGGUGAUAAAUACGAAGUGAUAGUUUACGCGAUUGAUUCUGGUACACCGGUUAGAGAAACUGCUAGUACAACCGUUACCGUGAAUAUCGUAGAUGUAAAUAAUAAACCACCGAUGUUCAACGAGUCUACAUAUUUGGUUUAUGUGUCAGAACGUGCAGCCAUAGGAGAGUCGGUUCUAAAAGUAGUAGCCACCGACCCAGAUUCAGAUGCAUAUUUAGAAUACUCCAUUGUGGAACCAAUAAGAGCCGUUGAUAAGACUGGUGUAGCACUGAAGAGCAUAACACCCUACGAUUAUAAAACAGCUUUUCGUAUUAAUUCUAAUACCGGAUUGAUAACUGUUAAUCGAGUAUUGGAUUAUCAGGUUGCGGCUGUCAUAAUACUCACUGUUCAGGUGCAAGAUUUAAAUGCUGUUGUUGAUAAAGAUAAACAGUUCGCCAAAGCAGAGGUGACCAUAUAUGUUCAGGCAUACAGUGAUGAUAAUCCAACUUUUACUAAUCCUGGAUGGUCUCCUAAUAAUCCAAUGAUAAGAGUUGCUGUCCCAGAGGAGCAACCUCUUGGCACAACACUUUUGAUGCUGUCUGCGAAGGAACCAACAACUGGAUAUUCAGUCCAGAGAUUUGAACUUGUUCGAGAUGAAGAUGACGAGGGAUACGUUAAUGUUGGUGUUCAAAGUGGAAAUGUCGUCUUGAGUCGAAGGCUUGACUACGAAGCGUUAAAUCAAAAAUUUAUUCGUUUCAAAGUUCGUGCUCUUGCAAGGGACUACGAGAUAACACGAAAAAUGUCGGAGGCAAAUAUAAUAGUCGAAGUUCAAGAUGUUAACGACAAUAGUCCUGCUUUUACUCAAAAAGAUUAUAAAAUAUCGGUGCUAGAAUCAGCGAAGCCAUCUAAGAUUGUUUUGAACGUAAAAGCAACUGAUAUGGAUAGUUCGAAUACAGAACAAGAAGUGAAAAGAGGUUAUGGUGAAGUGAGAUAUUCCUUAAUAGGCGAAAAUGCAAAUAUGUUCGAGGUGGAUCCAAUUACUGGGAAUGUACAGAUCACAGCUAACACGAGUCUUGAUCGAGAAAGACAAUCUGUUCUACGGUUUUAUGUCGUUGCAUCUGACAUGCCCCAGGGUGGUGCAGAACAAAGAAGUACUAGAGCUUUGGUCACUGUUGAUAUAUUGGAUGUCAAUGACAACGCACCAGUCUUCCCACAGGAAUCCUAUACUGCUGUUAUUCCUGAAAAUGCCUCAACAGGUGUCAGCGUGGUUAACAUUACAGCGACGGAUCCAGAUGAAGGGGAAGGUGGCCAGAUUCAUUUCGAAAUUAUAGACGAAGGAGAAGCCAAUGGAUUGUUCAAGAUAAAUCACACAAGCGGGGAGAUAUCUUCGGCUCGAGCAUUAACAGGCAAGGGAAGAACAGAACCAUACAAUAUGCGUGUUCGAGCUCAAGAUGGUGGAAUACCACUAUUAUUCACGGAUAUAAUCCUAACAUUAUACAUCGGUGAUGUAGUUAGCAACGAUGGAGUCCCUUUGUUCAUUAGGCCGACCGUUGAAGAAAUAGCAUACAUUUCUGAAAAUUCGACGAUAGGAAGUCCUGUUUUUCAAGCUGUAGCAUCCGAUCCUGAUGAUCCAAAUUUGCCGAAUGGAAAAAUAACUUUUAAGUUUUUAGAAGAUGGCAAUUUUGGUAAAGAUGCUAGUGCUUUUAGGAUCAACAGUGAGACUGGCUUGAUUACGACGAGGAAGCUACUUGAUCGAGAGAUUAAAGAUAGUUACACUUUGAUUUUAGUAGCUCAAGAUUUAGGCGUUCCUCCACAGCAAGCUACUAGGGUACUUCAAGUGAUCGUAAAUGAUAUCGAUGAUCACAAACCACACUUUAAGAGAAGUCUAGAUAGUCCACCGAUCGAAUUAAGUGUUUCAGAAGAAGCUUUAAAUGGUACUAAAGUGGGUAUCGUCGAAGCUAUCGACGAAGACAUAGGCGAGAAUGGAAUGAUAGAUUAUGCGAUUAUUUAUGGAAAUGAAGGUGGAUUAUUUACGGUUGAACGUUUGGAAAAUAACUCUGCUGUUAUCCGAUCAAACGGUCGUCUUGAUCGAGAGUCGAUCGAUCGUCAUUUAUUAACAGUGAAAUGUUUCAAAUAUUCUUCCAGUAAAUCUGACGUUGUUCCUAAACCUUACAAUCGACAAGAUCCUUCGGAGAGACAAGUACUUAUCAGAAUUCUUGACAUCGAUGAUAAUCGACCUAAGUUUAAGAAAGAUAACAUUACUCUUGGGGUGAGACUGAACGUACCGAUCGACACCAGUUUGAUAACAUUAGAAGCAUACGACGCUGAUUCCGAUGCUCUGCCGAUAAAUUAUUAUAUGAGCAAUGUAUCCUUUUUAUCUCUGGUCGAUUCCUCGAUGUCAUCAUGGGUCACUCCGUCACGUCUUUCGUUGAACUCUCAAACAGGCGAACUUAGAACCAUCGGUUCAAUGUCCGGUUAUGCCGAUGGAUACAUGGAAUUGAUAGUGACAGCUAAUAAUUCGGCAACAUCUGGCAGAGAGACUAAUAUAACUUUGAGAAUAUUUUUGUUAAGAGACAGAGAUAUGCUGAAAUUUGUAUUCUCGAAGCCACCCGUGGAAGUUAGAAAGACCUUGGAGGAUUUUGAGAAAGCUGUGCAAAUGGCACUAUCUUUACCAAUCACCGUAAACGUUUACGACACUCAGUUUUAUUCAAAAGAAGAUAACUCUUUAGACUUUUCCUCUACUAGUUCUUGUUUCCAAAUGGUUGGUAAAGAGUCUUACGAUCUGGAUGAGAUGAAGGCUUUAUUAACAGAUUCGAAGAACGAGGAGUUGAAGAAAGUUUAUAAGACGUUUAACGUUGAGAAGGUGCAACAUUGUGCCGCUAUUGUUGCACGAGCUGAUGCAUCCAUGACACAAAUGUGGGUGCUUGCUAUUGCCGUUCUUGUUGGUAUCGCAGCCAUUGUGUCGAGUUGUACCCUUUGUUGCAUGCACGCGAAAUAUAAACGACAAGUAAAGCAUGCACGUUUACGUGAACAACCGCGUCCACCAUUGAGUUACGUCUCAUCUGGUCCAGGAAUGGUCAGUGCAGCUUCUCAUACAACUUUGGGCCCUGGAACUAUGGUUACUUUGGGUCCACAUGAGGGACCUUAUGAGUGGGGUGCUGAUACGACUCUUUAUCAUCCAAGCACACUUUCUAGAGCAUAGAACAAUUCUUUGCCUUUUCAAAAUUGUUUUUAUCUUGAUCCAAUGAAAAUGGAUCUCGAAAAAUGAUAUUAAGAACAGAAAUAUGAUUUCGUUAUAGACUGUUCACAUUUAUUCACAAUGGUGCAUGUACAGGAUCGAACUAUAUCUUAUCGAAAAACUUUGAAGGUUGAAUUAAGAGUUGAUUUCAUAGGAUCGAUUCAAUUCGAUUCGAUGAGAUUAUUGAAUGGUGCUAUAUCUGUAUAAAACCAAGUAUAGUUAUAAUAUGUAAUAACGUUAACACUGAGUUUAGAUACCUUUUAAGACGUUCGUGCCAAAAUACGUCGAUUUAUUGUAAAGAUAAUAACUUUUGUAUUUUAUUUUAGAAAAUUUAAUUCUAAGGAUGUACAUUUUAUCGUUCGAAUAGUCAUUACUCACGUAGUUAAGGUUAAUUGUGUUAAAAAAAUGAAUCUCACUUGUAAUAUAAAUCAUAUUUAAGGAGAAGAAAAGUGUAUAUUUGGUACUACUAAUGCUAAUUAGGAAAAGAAAUGUAAUGUACAUUGUUACACAAACUAUUAAAUAGCAAUCGAUCGUUCUCUUUUGAUAUUGAAUAAAAAAAUCUUUUCAGGAAUUAA